UCGCGAUAAGAAUGAAUUGCGAAUAAGAAUAGAAUAAAUACAGCUGAAUCAAGUAGUCAAGGUUGACAUUUCUUCGUGGCAAUUUUAUCCCGAAACACACAUUUUAGGCCAACUGGUGGUACUUAAAUCAUGCAGAUUUUCAAAGUCAUUUGUGUGGCACUGCUGUGUGUCGCAGUAAUUGCACUUCCCUCGGAGAAACAUGAUUGCGAUAGCAAUUGUGAAGGUUGUGAUGGCAGCUGUGGCCAUAAACCCAAAAAAACUGAAGCCGAACCACCAAAAUUGGAAUGGUGGGAAAAUGCGGUUUUUUACCAGAUCUAUCCGCGUUCAUUCAGAGACAGCACCGGUGAUGGUAUUGGUGACAUUAAUGGUAUCAUCGAAAAGUUGGAUUACUUGCAAGAUUUGGGAAUUGAUGGGACAUGGCUUUCGCCAAUCUUUAAGAGUCCGAUGAAGGAUUUUGGCUAUGACAUUGAAGAUUUCCGCGAAGUCGACCCUAUGUUUGGUACAUUGCAAGAUUUGGAAACCCUAUUCAAAGAAGCAAAAAAGAGAAACAUUCGAAUCAUUUUGGAUUUCGUGCCAAACCACACUUCGGAUCAAGCGGAGUGGUUUAAAAAAUCAGUGAAACGUGAAGGAAAAUACACUGAUUAUUACAUUUGGGCUGAUGGCAAAGGUAAAGACGGAAAAGAGUUCCCACCAAAUAAUUGGGUUUCAGUUUUCUAUGCCGCCUGGACCUAUAACGAGGAACGUAAACAGUGGUAUUACCACUUUUUCCUUAAAGAGCAACCGGAUUUGAAUUUCCGCAAUGAAGAUGUCGUUAACGAUAUGAUCGACGUUCUGAACUUUUGGUUGGAAAAAGGUGCUAGCGGUUUCCGUGUUGAUGCAACCAAUAACUUGUUCGAGUGUGAAGAUUUGCGUAACGAACCACUGAGCAAUCAUACCAACGAUCCCAAAUCAUAUGACUACUUAUUGCAUCACUGCACAAAAGAUUUGCCAGAAGUGUAUGAGGUGGUGUACAAAUUCCGCGAAGUUAUGGAUAAAUUCCGGGCGAAACAUGGCGGCGAACAACCUAUUUUAAUGACUGAAGCAUACGCAAAUGCCACCGAAUUUGUAAAAUAUUUCAAAUCGGCCAAUGGCACACUUGGCUCCCAGAUGCCAUUCAACUUUGCAUUGAUUAAAAACGUGACGCGGUAUUCGACGGCACAAGAAUUUAAAGACGAAAUCGAUGCGACAAUUAAAAGUGUGCCCAAAGAUACACGUCUUAAUUGGGUCAUGGGCAAUCACGAUAAACCACGCAUUGGUUCACGAUUUGGCGAACGACGGAUCGAUGGUCUUCUUGCUUUGGUCAUGACAUUGCCUGGCAUUGCCGUGACAUACAACGGCGAGGAAAUUGGAAUGUUAGAUAAUCGAGCAAUUUCAUAUUCCGACACAAAGGAUUCCGCAGCCUGUAACCUCGACGCUGCAACCGGAGAUUGGAUCCAAGAAUCACGCGACCCAGAACGUACGCCAUUCCAAUGGAGUAAAGAGAAAUUCGCUGGAUUUAUGCCAGAAAAUGCAACGGAAAAUCCAUGGUUACCAAUUCAUCCCAACUAUCGUGAGGUGAAUGUUGCAUUACAAAAAGAGAUUCCACGCAGCAUAUUAAACUACUACAAGCAAUUGGUGCAGCUUCGCAAGGAGAACACCUUCACGUAUGGUUCAUUCGAAUCGAGGGUUAUUAAUGAAAAUGUGUUCAGUUAUGUGAGAGCACUUAACGAGUCUGACACAUACGUGGUUCUUAUCAAUUUCGGUGCACGUGAAGAACAAAUUGAUAUCAGUGAAAAUUUGGCCGAACAACUGGAAAUAGUAGCUGUGGGCAGUGACUCAUGUUACAAACAAAGUGAAAAAGUAAAAGCGAAGGAAGUCAUUUUACGAAAAUAUGAUACAAUUAUUCUGAAAGCAGCUCAUGUACAUGAAAAUAGCAAAGGCGUUGGGUCAUCAGUCAUCGCAAACAUCGCAUUAACGUUUGGCUUGUUCGUCGCAUCGACUGCACGUUUUAUUUUCUAAAUGCGGUGUGCGCUAAUUAAUUGAGCAAUUAGCGAGAUGUACGUUGUUUUAGUUGUUCAUUUUUGUUUGUUUGUCUGAUCGCGUUCUGUAAUGUUCAAGCAGUUUUUAUUUUAUUGUCCAUAUUAAGUCAAACAAUCGUGUCUUUCAAGACAUUUUUCAUUAAAGCACCCUUUUUUUUCUUUGUUAGUUGAUAGACAAAUUCAUGUUCCAUUUAUAGAUAGAGUUAAUUAUUUAUAAGAAAAUACUCGAAGAAAAAAGAAUGUUUUUUUUCUGUUUGACGGUGUGAAAAUGGAAUAAUGAUAUGAAAAGUGUGAACAAAUAAAAGAAUUUUAAUAAAU